GUUUUUCGCAUCACCCAACAUUUGCCGCUUGCCGCUUGCCGCUAUCACCCCCUCAUUCCAUCCAUUUUCCCCCUCACUCCCCAAAUCAAGUUCGAUUUUUUUUUUUUCCCUUCCCACCAACACCAUAGUACAUCCCUUCACAUUGUCAACAACACGAACUUAAGGGUAAACACAGUGGAAAGAGCCAACCAGAAACCAUAUCUCUCACUCGAGAGAGCCAACAUAACAAACCUUCCACCAACAACCCAACCCGUUCAUCGAACCAUCAGCCACACGCACACAAGAAAAAAAAAAAAAAAAACAAUGGCCUCCCAACCAGCCCCCCCAACAGUGGAAACCUUCAACCUCACCUACAGCUUUCCCGACCGCUCCAACGGCGUCUCGGACAUUACCCUCUCCCUCCCGCCUCGCUCACGCACGCUCCUGAUUGGCGCCAACGGUGCCGGCAAAACCACCUUGCUUCGCCUGUUGGCCGGCAAGCGUCUCGCGCCCGCCAACACCAUCAAAGUGUCGGGCGUUGACCCGUUCAAGGAAGGUCUGGAGGGCGUCACCUACUUGGGGUUGGAAUGGGUCCUCAACGCGAUUGUGCGCACGGACAUUGGUGUCGUUGAGCUGCUGCGGUCAGUGGGCGGCGAUGCUUAUCCCGAGAGAAGGGAUGAAUUGGUGUCGGUGCUGGAUAUCGACACCAACUGGCGAAUGCACGCCGUGUCGGACGGAGAACGCCGCAGGGUGCAGCUGGCAAUGGGCUUGAUCCGGCCCUGGACGGUGCUGUUGCUGGACGAAAUCACCGUCGACUUGGAUGUCUGGUCCCGGGCGCAGUUUCUAGGGUGGCUGAGACGGGAGACGGAGACGAGAGAGUGCACGGUUGUGUACGCGACGCACAUCCUGGACAACUUGGCCAGUUGGCCGACGCACCUGGUGCACAUGCACUUGGGCACUGUGAAGGGGUGGGGGAAGGCGGAGGAGAUGUUGAAGGAGGUCGAGGAUGGGAAGAAUGUGAUUGAAGGCGUGACGGGAAAUAGUAGGCUGGGAGAGCUGGUGUUGAGGUGGUUGAGGGAUGAUUUGAAGGAGAGAGGGCCGAGAAGCCAGCACAGGAGGGGACCGGAGGGGUUGAGUUAUAACAGCCCGGGCUUGGGCGGUUAUGGGUUGGAGGCGAAGACGAAUCAACAGGCUACGGAUGGGCCUAGCUGCAACUGAGAUGGGGACAGUAACUGAAAGGAGGGGGGAGGAGAAGAGAGAGUUCAACAUGGCUGAGGGGUUUGUUUUGUUUUGUGUUUUUCUGUUUUCUUUGUGUGCAUGAGGAAAAGGGAGCUUUAACAUGAUACCCAGGCGGCAUUUAACAUGGCGUUUUCAACACAUCAUAGACGGGUAUAGGUCGAGAUACUUUUGAGGGAAUCUGUCUCACAUGUACUUUACAUGUCAUCAUCUGCUGUUAUCUGGUUUCCCAAUGUCCUGAUGAAUUUCCAGAGAAGCACUUCCACGUCGCUUUUCAGUAUUGCAAAGAGUAAACACAUAUCGUACAGUCUAGGCAUGCGAUCCCAAUCGUCUAUCAAAUGGUAUCAGUACAAGU